AUGGAAGACGAAGACUUCAUCAAACUGUUUGACAAAAUGAAGAUUCCGGCCGGUCUGAUGACCCGGUCGACGGCACAGCAGAACGACGACUCUCAUUUCAGGGUCGCUGGAUUCAGCAUGGGCUCGAUGGCUCCUAAAGCUGAUGCUUAUUACGAGGCAUUGUCAUAUCCGACAGUGGAGCUCGAAUCCAAGGUGUCCUUUCACCCCCGGACAGCCCGCUUCUCAUUCCAAAUCACUCCUCUUCCUCCGUCUCAACCUUCUCGUCUGCCACGACCUGCAUCAACAUCGAAUAUCAAGUCAUCAUUCCCCUUUGGCACCGCUCCUCCGGGUACCAACCCGCUCAAGGGCGAGAUCGCUCUCGAAGACGUCUCGACGAGGGGGAUCAGCUGUUUCAGAGCCGAACAGCCCAUCACCGUGCCUUGCCUCCCAAGACCGAACAGAGGAUCGUUCUCCCCGAACUCUCCGGGAUCACCGAGGAUCCCUCAGAAUGGACCGACCAACCGCGGUUGGAACGGAAGAGAGGUCUCCCCAUUCUCAGUCGAUUCGUCUUCGUCCUCGGAGUACGGUUCUCCUCCGCCUAAACGAUCCCGGUACAACUCUCCUUCGCCUUCUCAUUUUCAAACCUCGCCUUCCCCAUCAUACUUUCCUCAUUCUCCCGCUUCACCUGGAUCCGGCUCUGGCUUAGGCAUGAAUAUGAACACCACCCAAACUUUGCAGAAAGUCACCUUCACCAUCACGAUGCGUCGACCCCCGCGCCUUUUCGUCCCCCUAUUGUACCCGAGCGGCAAGAGUUUUGUCGUCGACAAUAGUGAGGCCGGAAAGAAGAACAGGGAUGUGACGACCCGACAGGGAACUUCGGUGGAUUUCGUCAAUGUUGGGGGACCGGCGGGGAUGAAGAGGGAGAGGGAUGAGGGACAGAUCCCGGUCUUCUCGGAGCAGGAGCUCUUCAAGGUCGGCGAGUACCUCUCUUACCGCUUCACCCUCCUUAUGACAACAGACGAGCACGACAAACUUCGUAAACUCCUCGGAGAUCUCGGUAUUUUGGCGAAAGACGUUCUUUCCCCGCAAGGAAUCGAUGAGUUUAACUCUUCUCACGUUCAUACUCACGGAAUCAACCAUGGUGCGAACGGAACUCGGGUGAAUGUGGUCCCCAUUAUCAGCAUUCGACCGGAGCACUUUCAGCGGCGCAAAUUGGGGAAGCCUCUACCGUUUCCUCGGGGAGAUUUGACGGCGUCUUUGUUACCGGGAAUCAUGAGGAAAUUGCCGUUUGCGACCCGGUUUCUGGUAGAAGGCCUGGUCUCGCAUGGCAUCAUCCUCCCUUUCGAAGCGUUUACUCUUGUCGACAAGCUGGAGGAGAUCAUCCCGUUGACGGAUCGCAAGAAAUUAGGGAAAAGCCUCGGAAGGCCGGGUUGGGAGUAUGAAGGUCGACCGAAGGACGAACCCCAAAAUCUUAGGGAACGGGUGUUGGGCAGUCUUUUUAUGGAAGAUCGGGUCAACGAUAUGGGCUCGAUCGUGAAGAAGAGAGCCCGAGCUUUGGCUAAGAAAGGGAACGCUCCAGAAUUACCUUCCCAUCUUUGCAAGGUCUAUCGUUGUGUUAUCACCCCGACCAGGAUUUUGUUGUUCCCCGCUGAGCAAGAGGUCAGCAACACGAUCCUUCGGAGGUAUCGGAAACAGAGCGAACGGUUCCUGCGUGUAUCGUUCACGGAUGAGGACGACAAGAUCAAGAUGAAUCCCAUUGUUCGGACCGUAGACGCCGCCGUCAAUAGCAUGGGCACAGUCGCACGAGUGCGUCGCGCUUUGUAUCACGGUCUCGACAUUGCCGGUCGCCAUUACACGUUUCUUGCUGCUAGUACUUCGCAAGCUAGAGAACACGGCUGUUGGUUUGUCGCCGAAGACCCCAGCGGUCCAAGUCCGCUACUGGCUGAGCAAAUCAGGCAGAACAUGGGUAACAUCAACGAAAAGGUGGUCGCUAAGUAUGCGGCACGUUUGGGCCUGGCUUUCAGCACGACCCGUGAAGUCCGGAACGCAAAGGGGGAGAAGAUCAACUUUGACGUUGCUGACAAGACUGAAGACGUCAAACGCGAUGGAUAUACCUUCACUGAUGGAGCCGGUCUAUGUUCGGCAAGCGUGGCUCGCGCGGCGGCUCGUAGUCUUGGUUACAACUCUGGUCCGGACUCUGAGCCUUCCACGAUCCAAGUCCGUAUCGGCGGUUCCAAGGGUGUCUUGACGGUGUGGCCGUGGAUGGUGAGAUACCAGUACAGCCUGAGGCGAUCUAUGGAAAAGUUCAGUUCUCCGGACAGGUCCGUAAACGUCAUCCGAGUGUCCAGGUUCUCCUAUGCUUUCCUCAACCGACAAUUCAUCGUCCUGUUGAAUAACCUCGGCGUCCGUGACGAAGUCUUUGUCGACCUUUUCCACGACGCCGUCAAGGAGGUCAAAGGGAUGGCAUCUAGGAUCGCCAAGGGUCUCCAUAACCCCGCGGACGUGAGGCGGGGCGAUGAGUUGUCGACCUACCCGGUCCGUGCAAUGGUGAAAUACGGUUUCCAUCGGGACGCGUGUCUGCAAGACUUGCUCAAGGUCAUCGAGUGCCGUACUCUGACUGAUCUCCGGUGGAGAGCGCGUCUCCAGAUCAAGCAGGGUGUCUACCUGUUGGGCAUCCCUGACGAACUGGAAAUUCUCAAAGAAGGGGAGGUAUUCUGCCGUUACCAGAAUCCAGACGAAACCGAUGAAGAGGCGCAAGUGGUUACUGGCACUUGCAUCAUCUGCCGCGCCCCCGCUUUGCAUCCAGGAGAUAUCCGACAUGUCAAAGCGGUGGAUCGACCUCAGCUUCAUCACCUUCGGAACGUGAUCGUCUUUAGCACCAGGGGGGCACGAGAUCUUCCCAAUAUGCUUGGCGGAGGCGAUCUCGACGGCGACGAUUACAGUCUCAUCUGGGACCCCCGUCUGAUCCAUAAAUACGAUGCCCCGCCUAUGAAUUACGAUGCCCCUGAUCCGCCAAGGGUUUCCAAAGUGACCGAUCAACAUCUCAAGGACAAUUUUAUUGAUUACCUCAAGAACGAUAUCUUGGGUCAGGUAGACAACGCACAUCUGGCUUGGGCGGCUCAUCAGCAUCAUGGACCUCGCGGUGACAACUGCUUAGCUCUUGCCGAGAUUCAUAGUAUGGCCGUUGACUUUGCCAAGUCGGGAAUUCCUGCCGAUAUGCCUCGGCGAUUGCGACCCGAAUGGUGGCCCGACUUUAUGGGUAAGGGCUCUCACAUGUCGUAUGUAUGCGAUAAUGUAUUGGGGAAGCUUUACCGUAUCAUCGACCAGGAUCCGCGAUUCAAUCCGGCCAGCGAAAACGAUAUCACGAAAGGUAUCGAUGCUCGAUUAUCCCGCCUCAUCAUACCUCCUUUCUUCCUCAACCUCGCUGCGGAGCUGAAGGAGCAAUAUGAUCUGGAGCUUUGGAACGUUCUUCUACGGUACCGUAUCACGGAAGCGGAGGCCUAUUCCGGUAUGGUACUCAAGAACGGAAAACGCCGCAAGAUGAAGGACCACGAUCUCAAGGAUCCCGUAAGGGAUGCAUUCCAAGAGAUCGUCCGCAACGUUCGGGAAGAAGGCGCUGCCAGAAUUGGUGACGUAGAAUCCUCGCAGUCACUUACUGUGACGCAAUUGCUCGCGGUAGCUUGUUAUCAAGUUGCGUAUGAUCCCAAAUACAGGAGUCUCACCAAAGAUCUGGACGACGACGAGUAUGACGAUGAUAUCGACGAUAAUGGCGGAGACCACGAUAUCAUGUUGCUGGACGAGGAUUGGCAAAAUCCGGUGACACGACCCAAACGGUUGAUCAGCUUCGCCUGGCUGUAUGGAAAAGAGAUCCUAGCUUUGCCUCUCAUUACCGGUCACGUCGUUGAAAUUGAAGACUGA